ACCCGGGUUGAAACUGACCAGCCCUCGGAAGGCGCAUUAGUCAGUUUCAAACUCACCACGAUGAGGCUCUUGGGAGCGACCCAUCUCGCCUCUCCUCUCCCUUGCCCCCAAUUGCAGCUUCUCUCCGGACGAGCCGGGGCGAGAACGCGCUCUUUUGCAGCCUGAAAGAGGGAGAGCAAGAGAGCGAUCCUUGCAAGGCAGCAGGAGAUAAGCCGGCACAGUAAGGAGAUGGACGAGGAGAAGCUGCGGGCGUUGCUAACUCCGCCGACGCAUUCCAGGACGGUGCUCCAAAAGGGUCCAUUCCCUUACAUUUGAUUCCCUCUUCUCCCUCCUGCAUUCGCCAGGGGAAGAGAUCUGAAGAUGCCUUUGGCGUUCAGGCUCUUUUGCCUGUUUCUUCUGGAUGCAGCCCUUGGCAGUUACUCAGAGGAUCAGUGCAGCUGGAAGGGGAGUGGCCUGUCCCAAGAAGCAGGCAGCGUGGAACAGAUCUCUUUGCACUGCGCUGAGGGGUCCCUGGAGUGGCUGUAUCCGGCGGGAGCCUUGCGCCUGAGCCUCUUCCCCCGCCUUCCCACCGGCAGCACCAGCGGGGAGAACCCCAGGCGGGUGACGGCCUGCAUCAAGUCCUCCAGCAGUUUCUGUGGAGCUCAGAUUUACUUGGAGCGGGAUGGCGUUCUGGAGCUUCUUCUCUCCGAGGCCGAUGCCGUCGUGCAGCCCAAAGUGCGCUGCUUUAGCUGGCUCCCCAAGGAGAAGGUUGCCCUGUUCCUCCAAUCCACCUUACACCAGGACAUCAGCCGGCGGAUCGCCGCCUUCCGCUAUGAGUUGCGGGGCGACUGGAACUCCCACUUCUCGUGGCCGUCCAGAAACCUCAGCACGGAAGACACAGGGACUUGCCGGCCGUGUAACAACACUGAGAUUCUGAUGGCUGUUUGCACUAGUGAUUUUGUCAUCCGUGGCAAUAUCCGGACAGUCUCCAAUGACAUGGAGUCACAAGAAUCCAUCAUCAGUGUGAGUGCCACUCGGGUCCACCGCCAAAAGUUUGCCUUGUUCCAACCGGUUGGCAAAUACGGGAAAUCCGUAGGCAGCAUCCGAACCCUCCUGCGAUGUGGGGUGAAGCCAGGACCUGGCAGCUUCCUGUUCACCGGCUGGCUUCAUUUUGGGGAGGCCUGGCUCAGCUGUGCCCCUCGCUAUAAAGACUUCCGCCACAUCUAUGAGGGCGCACGCCAAGCUCAUGAAAACCCCUGUGAAGUUUCACUGGACUGAUUUGCGAUGAGAUGGGGUGGGCAAAUGAACUCCUGCCCCAGAUGUUGAGAAAGGGACAGGAUUUCACAGGCACUCACGUAAACGGCGUUUCCCAGCUAAACAGUGGGAGGCGAAAGGGAACAGAGAGGCAACAACCUCUUCUCUUUCCUGCAUGAGACUGGUGGGUCUACCCUGUAACUUUUUCACUGGUCUCUCCAGCAAAAUGAGGUGUUGUGGUCUGGGGCAGGGCAACUGAGCUGCCGUCCUAAGUUGGGACACACCAUGAAUUUCUGAGAGGGAAUUGGUCCAGCAUCUCCCAAUGUGGAAAACAUGGUCUUGCUUGGGAUUUUUUAAUCCUAUUUCCCACUGGAGCACCAAAUCAAAAUGCAUGACUCUUUAAAACAAGUACAUGAACCCCCCUUCCUUUUUGUUUUCCUCCAAGCAAACCCCCUCUUACUUUUGCCUUUGGAUUGCAGCAUAGAGAUCACAGUCCCUCCCAACAGGAAACAGGGUCCUAUGCAAGAGGCCACCUCCGUAGCUGCCCCUGCCUCUUUCCCAGUCGCUUGAGGGGCCAUGGACACCUGCAAAGCGACUCUCUUCCCUUCUGUGGCUUCCAAGGCAGAACAGCACCAGCCUCUGUCACCCAGGAUAACUUCUCUGCUGCUGACGGAAACCAUAAGAGGAACGGGAUUCUGUAUCUGAGAAAUACAACCUUGAUUUUCAUUUUUUUUUUCCUCAUUGGGACACUUUGGUCUGGUGGAAAGACAUCGGGUAGGAAGACCGAGUGAGCAAGUGCUAGAAUGGUCAGUGGACUUGUGCAUGGUUCUGAGAAACAAAAACAACUUUUGCAUCUACCUACGCUUGGAGAUGCCACAGGGAUGGUGAUAACCUGUGGGCCCUUCAGAUGAUGUUAGACGUCCACUCCCAUCAGCCCCACCCAGUAUGGCCAGUGUUCAGGAAUGAUGGGAGUUGUAGGUUCAGCAAGACCCUCAAUUGUGUUAUAUCCAGCCUCGCGUGCUUCUAUAUUCAGCCUCACAUGCUUCUCUGCCCUACAUGAAGUGCGUCCGUCAAAGACUGUGAAGAUGAACAGAUUGAUUUAGCUAUCUGGUCCAUGUCUUAAUGGAUUUCUAACUUAGCCUCAACGAUGAGCUCAGGUGUUCUAGCCCUCGGCUGCUGUCAUGACUUUUCUUGGCAAAACUGCAUUGCCUGUCCCUCACUUUGGGGGUGUGGGCCCUGUGGCCCUUCAGAUAUUGUUGGACUCCAGUUUCCAUUAGCUCUUACCAUUGGCUAUGCUAGUCAAGCCUGAAGGGAGAUGGGCUGGCAAACUUGGAAUCAAUUGUGCAAAUUGGCAGAGAGAGAGAGAGAGAGAGAGAGAGUAAAAAUAUGCAGAUAUGUGUAAUUUUCAUUCUUUAUCCAGGCUGCAAAAUUGAACUUUCCUGGGCACAGAAUUUGAAUUUCAUAUACAUGGCCGUGAGAAAGGGACAGAAGACGGAGCCAGAGUGGACGUUCUUCCUCAGUCAGUGCACACGCUGGAUGGUAUUCCAUGCUAGUCCUACUCAGAGCACAAUAGGAUAGUGGCAAAUUCAGCAGGCUCCCUUCGUGGUAGUCGCACUAUGCCCCCUCACAGCCAUGUUCCUCCUAGGAUUCACUGUCUCUUCUGCAUUUACAGAAUUAUAGACACAGAAUAAAACUGUUGUCUGUAUAGCCUUCUGCCCAUCACCUAUCUCUCUCAACUGGGGCUAAAUGUUGCCAGAAUGUUGAUUUUAAGAAUUCUGAAAUGAUAGCCAAGCGUGGGACUAGGAUUUGAGAGACUAAAGUACUUUGCCAUGAAGCUCACUUCUCAUUACCCUAGGAGACAAUCAGCAUGAAAUAGGAGGCAUGUGUUAGCUACUGAGAAGAGUCUUUUCUCUGCCUGACUCAUCUCUUUCACUCUGAUUGGUGCCAAUCAGCACAAAACAACAAAGAAGCAUGCUGUUAGUCAAGUGAGAGGACUAUUCUCAGUGGCUAACACACUCCCCUUUUAUGCUAUUGGGCUUGUCAUAGGGACCCUGCUCCCAAAAAAGUAAAGGGUCUACAACCCUUGCCACCCCAGAUGACUACACCCGUCAGAGUAAAACACUUCCAGUUAAUUGGCAUGACCUAAGUUAGGUUCAUUGAAUUCAAUGGGUCACCAAUGAUAGCUGUAGAAGAGGAGGUGGAAAGUUAUGAACAAAAUUUCUGGUGGCGAAGGCAGCUUGGCUGCAAAGAGGGAUGCAAACAUCCAAUUGCUACCGGCAUCAAAAGAACUGCUCUUGGUGCCCAGGUUGUUGAAGAAGUCAGGAAGCAGGUUCUUUGCUCUUCUUGUGCUGCUGUGUGUGGGAAUCAGACAUCUCCUCACUCCCUCUGAUCUUCCGAGGUUAGCAUCCAGGUAAGACUAACCCUUGGCCCUAAAUUGCUUAAUUAGCAGCAGUGAUGAAAAAGGAGAAUCUGGGGCAGGGGGAGGAGAGACCAGAACCUAGGAGCAAAAACCACAUCUUUGUUCACACUGGUGCACUUGGGUCUCCGUUCUUCUGCCCUGCUGCCUAGAAAAUUUGUCUGGCUCCUAAUAUUUGCCAAGAAGCAGCAACCCUGGUUGUAACAGUGAAAUGUUUGUUUACAUAUCCUCGGCAGAGUAGCUCGGAAGAGCUGCUAGAUCCUAGAGACAUUUAGGGAGUUCCUACCCACUUCUAACUUCCUCUGGCAUUUGGAAGUGAUUAGCAAUGCAGCCAGCAUUGAGCGUGUCACACAUUCACGUGGAUGAUGUUUCUGCUCAGUGAUGUCCCAGCAAACCCCCUACAAAAAAAAGUGUUGCGUCCAAUGCAAGUUCUACUAUGGGUAGACCCAAUGAAGUGAGUGAAUGUGCCUGAGUCCAUCGGAUACAACCUUAAGUUUUUCAGAGUUUGGACAGAGUUGCAGUCUAAAUGUGAAGUUGUUGUUAGCCAUCUUUUUCCCAUGAUGCAAUGUAACAAAAAUCUCUGUCCAGCUAUUCAUUCUCUGUCUCUCUCUCUCUCUCUCUCUGGGCUCAUCCAUGCAUCUGUAUAAUUUGUUAUGUAGGCCCCUUUGUGCUGCCAUUAAUUUGUCCUCAUCCAUGGUCUCCUCCAGUUGCUGCCUUCCAACUCUUUCCCCUCCCUUGAUCCAGAGUUUCAAAUACCAACUAUACACUGAAAAGGGGAGAAACAGUGAUUACAGUCACUGAGGAGCGAGGCCAGUUGCUUUGAUUCAUGGCUUAACCUCUUUCUGUAUCUCCUGCUUCUGUUGGGUUCCCAUUGGCUCCCUCACACCUUCCCUACAAAUCUGAGCCAAUCAGCAACACAAGAUGAAAAGAGGGGGGAGCUUGUAAACAUAAAAGGGCCUGCCUGCAAGUACGGAUGAGGAAAAAGUAUGAUUUGAGUAUGGAGAAAGUGCAAAGCAAUCAGGUUUGGACUCCCAGUGGACAAUUCCAAUAAGGAAAAUGAGGUUUUUUAGUAUUGUCUGAAUGAGCGCUCCCUCUCCCUCUCUCCCCUCCACACAUUGGUUGAAUGUGUGCACAGAUUCUAAAUGCAUGAACUCUGAGACCUGUUGAUGAGACUUGCGCAAUCCAUGCAACUCAUUAUUUCUUGGAGCACGAAGGGUGCUAUUAGUGCAUGCCCAAAUAUGGGCCUGUGUGCACACACUCGUGACAGCCAGUGUGGCUUAGUGGUUAGAGUGUUGGACUAUGUCCUGGGAGACCAGGGUUUGAAUCCCCACACAGUCAUGAAGCUCACUGGGUGACCUGGGGCCAGGCACUGCCUCAGCCUCAGAGGAAGGCAGUGGUAAACCCCAGAGCUUGGCAAAGUUACUUUUUUGAACUACAACUCCCAUCAGCCCAGUCCAGUGGCCAUGCUGGCUGGGGCUGAUGGGAGUUGUAGUUCAAAAAAAGUAACUUUUCCAAGCUCUGAAUACCGCUUGCCAUGAAAACCCUGCUCAUAGGGUCACCAUCAGUCGGAAUCGACUUGAAGGCGGUCCAAUUUCCAAUUUCAUUUUAUGUGCAUACUCGUACGUGAAGGGUACCAUGACUCUGACUUCUCCUCAGCAAACAAAAAAGUGUGCACAGGGCUGAACAGAGGGCAGGUGUGGCUAUUCAACUCCCAUGGUCAUGUCACAAUUGGAAUCCAAUUUGCAGCAGUGGCGGCUGGUGGUUCCAUGUCAGUCGGGCAGUGGAAUCCGCUCUGGGUUUUAGCCCGAACUUUCAAGGAGUUGUCCAAUGUGCACCAGCCCCACUGACCCAGAGCCGCCACUACCUGUAUUUUUUAGACAUUGGCAAACAGAAAUAGAAUAAAUCUCACCAUAGCAGGAAAGACUGUGACCUAUGUGUGCUUGCUCCGCUUGCUGUCCAGGUGCUCACUGCAGAUGGGCAAUUUCAACCCCCCCCUCCACACACACAGUUCUCCAUUAUUAGGGUUCCUUCUCUUUAAACUGGACUUUAAACUUCCUUCCAGUGAGGAUGCUUUCUCUUGUAAAGUAGGAAGCUUGACUACCAUGUGUGUAAAAAUCCCUCAGCCACCUCUCCCUGACAAUAAAAAAAAAACUACAAAUUUCCUGCCCUUUUAGGACAUGUUACAAUCAGUUGUUUAAGAAGUCUGCGUCAUUCUGCCUAAUGGCAGAGCCAACCGCAACAGAUUUCUCCCUCUCCCAUUCUGGCACCCAGAUCCCCCCCCCCAUCUGAGAUGGAGGUUGCCUCAGAAUGCCCAACAUUAACUUCUGUUGAAGAAGUCUUCAGACCAUAUAAAAUACAAUACAAACAAGUGCAAUUUUUUAAAAAGAAAAUGGAAACCCCAAAAUUAGAAUAUUAAGAACAUUAUAAAUGACCUCAAAGACAGUUAUAUGGCCCAUUGAUCAGACUUCCCCCCACCCCCCAUUAAACUGGCGCCUUACCUGCAACCCUCCUACUCACAAACUGGUUAGAUCCACUUAAAAGAAGAUUCAAUUUGUCUUUGGCCUCCCUGUUUCUCAUAUGGUCAAGAAAUGGGGAUAAAUAAUGUUUCCUGUUGUUGGAAUGCAACUGACAUUCCAGUAAAUAGUGGGCCAGAUCUUCCAUUUCAUUUGCUCCACAAAAGCAAAGUCUAUCUUGCCCUGAAAGCUCCCUUGUUGCAUCAUGGUAUCUGUUUGCUCAAGACAACUAAAGGCCAUGCGUUGAUCACUUUUCAUUGGGAGAAACAGGUAUUUUUCUUCCUGACAUUGGGUAUUAGCCCUUGCUAACCAUUUCAUAGACCUUGUGUUCAACAGGGCAGCCAUAUCCAUCUAACCUCUGGUGUCUACUAUUCUCUUUGUUUAAGAACAUUUCUUAUAUUGGGAUUAGAAGCGUUCGGAUUGCCGAAUGACUGGCCGAGAGUGGCUGACCUGUGGCCUUCCAGCUGCUGAUGGACUACAGCUCCCAUCAUCCCUGUGCCAUUGGCCAUGCUGGCUGGGGCUGAGAUCAGUUGGAAGGUGCCACAACAUCUGUAGGGCCACAGGUCUCCCACCCUUGCAAGAGCAGGGCCAUCUCUGCUGAAGCACCUGAUUCUGUUGUCCAGCUUAGAGCACCACAAUUGGCACCGCGCCAGUUUUCUCAGCUUCGACGGCCCAUGAAUUGAUUGUUUGAUCACACUGGAGCAGCAAAAUAGUCACUGUGCGAUGCAGAGGUGUUAUGUGUGUGUGAAGAAACCACCAGAGCAGCCCCAAAGCACGGCUGUUGUCCUUGCAUCAACUUCUGGCGCCAUGAUUCCAUCAUAAUGCAAUUCCUCUGGCAAGGCCUUGUUGUAGAUCAGUAGUUCUGUGUGCAAACUCAUCCGGACAAACCUUUAAUUCAAAUCACAAUUGUUUUCACAAGCAGCGUCAAGAACAUAUUUUCAGUCUGGCAUGCAUCACUUCCGAGUGUAAUGCAGGACAGACCGCAGACAAGGGGCCAGUUGUCAAUUGACAGUGCAAUCAUUAAGCAUGUCUACUCAGAAGUAAAUCCCAGUGAGUCUAACAGGACUUACUCCCAGGAAAGUGUGAAUAGGAUUGCAGCCGGGAUGUCCAUUUUAGCCAAUGUAGUUUUUCUACUCAAGUUACAGAUAUGAGAAAUGCAAACAAUUUAAGCUUGAGAAAAUAGCCUGUUGACCUACCACCUUAAAUCAGUUUUAUUAAUCCAGUUUAAAUUAGAACCACUGAAAAUCUCAAUGUAGGCCAACCUUUAAGCCUAGUUUUCAGGAAUUAUUAUUUUACAAGUGAGGAUUGAAGGAGUAUCAUAUGUGCACUAAAGUUAUAACGAUACCAAAUUUAUGGUUUUGUUUUUUAAAUCUGCAUUGCAUUGUCAUGUUUAUGUGUGGUUUUUUUUCUUUUUAAAAAGUGAAAUGUUAAUAUAAAGUGAAUUGCCGCUGAUAGAAAGGCAUUGCCAGAUAUGGUCUGGCCAUUUGUAGUCAUUUUUAGACCAAAAUAAAAAUAAAAAUACUGAGAUCUGUAAUAUUUUAAAUAUAGUUUUUGUACAUAUUCAUGUCUGUGUACAGGUCAAGAGACAAAUCGGACUCUAUGUAGGUUGUAAUGGUGAAGAUCCCCCCCUUAUCUGUUCAUUUUUAAUCUUGUAUUUGUCUUUUGGAGGAGAAGAAUAAAACUAAUUCUUAGUAA